AUGCCCGGACCCAUUCGCCUGGCCCUCUUCGGGGCCGUCACAUCCGCCGCCCAAAUCCCCUUGCAGCGACCCCUGCAGCAACAGCCAUUGCCUUCGGCCGACUCCCUCGCGCCGCUGGAUUCGGAACGCCUGCAGCACCGGAUCCGCAUCGAGAACCUGCGGCAUCGGGCCGAGGCUCUGUACGACAUUGCCCGGCGGUCCGAAGACGACUGGGGACACCCGACGCGCGUCAUUGGAAGCCCAGGCCAUCUCGGCACCUUGGACUACAUCCGAUCCACCCUCGCCGGCCUGGGCGGCUACUACGCCGUGUCCGAUCAGGUCUUCUCAGCCGUCGUCGGAAACGUGACGGAAGCCCGCCUCGUCAUCGGACACACCGUCCCCAACAGCACCGCCUUUAGUCUGACGCCGCCCACCGAGAACAAGGAGCCCGUCUAUGGCGACCUGAUCCUGGUCCCGGGCUCCGGCUGCGACAGCGAUGCAUACCCCGACGUGGUGGCCGGCAACAUUGCCCUCGUCAGGCGGGGCGAGUGCUCCUUUGGAGCAAAGUCAGAGCUUGCUGGCCGUGCUGGCGCAACCGCCCUCGUCAUCGUCAACAACGAGGACGGCGAGCUCCAUGGAACUCUGGGCACCCCCUCUCCCCACCAGGUCGCCACUUUUGGCCUGUCCAAGGCCGACGGCGACAAGUUCGUCGGCCAGCUCGAAAAGGGCCACAAGCUCGAUGCAAUCGCCUACAUGGAUGCCAACGUCGACACCAUCCAGACAACCAAUGUCAUCGCCCAGACGCUCCACGGCAACGCCGACAACUGCGUCAUGCUUGGCGGGCACAGCGAUGGUGUCGCCGAGGGUCCCGGCAUCAAUGAUGACGGCUCCGGAAGCCUCUCGGUGCUUGAGAUUGCGGUGCAGCUGUCACACUACCGCGUCAACAACUGCGUCCGCUUUGCCUGGUGGGCCGCCGAAGAGGAGGGCCUAGUCGGAAGCGACUUUUAUGUUGCCAGCCUCGACGAUGACGAGAACAAGAAAAUUCGUCUUUUCAUGGACUACGACAUGCUGGCCAGUCCCAAUUUCGGCUACCAGGUCUACAACGCAACCAAUGCCGAGAACCCCGCUGGCUCCCAGCAGCUCCGAGACCUCUAUGUCGACUGGUUCGACAAGCACGGCUUCAACCACACCCUGGUUCCUUUCGACGGCCGCAGCGACUACGACGGCUUCAUCCGGCACGGCAUCCCCGCUGGAGGCAUCACCUCGGGCGCCGACGGCGUCAAGACCAAGGAGGAGGAGGACAUGUUUGGAGGCAAGGCCGGCCAGUGGUUUGACGAAUGCUAUCACCAAGCGUGUGACGACCUCGAUAAUCUCGAUUACACCGCCUGGGAGGUCAACACAAAGCUCAUUGCACACGCUGUGGCCGUCUUUGCCGACUCGUUCAAGGACUUCCCGGAGCGAACAGUUCCAAGGCGGGCCGUCGCGGUCUCUCAAACGCCAGCACGUCGCCGCCGGACGCCUGUGAUGUGA